AUGUUUCCGCAAUUGGCCGAAAGACGUCUGAGGAAGGAGCUGUGUGAACUGUAUCGACUGCGGCCGCGCAACUGUUGGGCCUGGCCCCUAAGCGGAGAUCUGAUGCUCUGGGAGGCAUCCAUAUCGGGUGUGAGAGAUACACCGUACUUCAUGGGCAUAUUUAUGCUGCGUCUCAAAUUCAAUCCAAGUUAUCCAUUGAUAGCGCCACGCGUGAACUUCACGACGCGAAUCUAUCAUUGCAAUGUGGACUAUGACGGCUACAUCUGUUGGGAUCUGUUGUCCAGCAGGUGGUCACCGAUAAUCAAUGUGGCAACCAUACUGCAUGCCAUUUGCGCCCUGAUGCGCAAACCCAAUGUCGAUGAUCCCUGCGACGAGGUCAUGGCCGCACUCUAUCGAGACAAUCCGGAUGAGUACAACAGCAAUGCCAUCGACUGGACCCUUAAAUAUGCAGUUGUCCCAAAUGUGCCCUUGUCACCAAUUCAGACGUUGACAAUUGAGGAGCGCGAUGAAAAUCUUGACGACGACGAUGAUGAUGAUGGUGACGAGAAUUAUGAGGAUGAAGAUGAGACUGACACAACUAAUGAAAUGACAGAUGUUUCCGAUUUAACAGAAGAUUCUGGGGAGACAGAUAUUGUGGAUGAGAAUGAAGGGUUUUCCUAA